AUGUCUUUCUUGUCUGCUGAAGAACACGGAGCAAAGAAUAAUUCAUAUGUAUGGAAAAUUGUUGGUUUACAGAAUCCGGAUUAUAUGAGAUUAGAUGAAACGGAAACAAGAAUCAUCGGUGGACAUUGCUUUCACGUUUUCGAAUCUGUUCAACAAAAAUUACAAUUUAAUUAUUCUAUUGUUAAACCAAUACCUGAAAAGUUUGGACUUCGAAGUGAAAACGGUUCGUGGACAGGAUUACAGGCAAAAAUAGUAAAUAAGGAAGCUGACAUGGCAUUCGUUGCUUUAUUCCUCGACGCUGACCGUUUUGCUGCGAUGGAAUUUACCUCCCCUUUGAUGUUCCAUCCUGUUGUAUUUGUCAUCAAGGGUGCAGAAAGAAUUCCGAAUUGGAUUUCCAUUAUAAAACCUUUCGGUUUGGAAAUGUGGAUCGCGAUUGUCUUAACGGUAUUCAUAUUUGGAUUAGUAUUGCAUAAAGUGGUCGAAAGUGAUUUCAUGACUGACGAAGUGGAAAUAUUCUGGCCACGAAGCCGUGUGUUCUGGAAUUUAUUUGGCGCUUUUGUUUACCAAGGAACGAAUCUUAACAAUGUGAAGCGAUUCAGAUCCAGGUUGCUGUUGUCAAUAUGGCUGCUGUCAGUUGUAGUGUCAAUGGGUAGUUACAGUGGGACUUUAAUGUCUUUCAUGUCGUAUCCUGUAACCGAAACUGUUCCAGAAAGUUUCCAUGAAUUGGCCAUUGCUGUCAAAAAUGGUGAAUAUACUUGUGGAAUUGCAGAAAAAUCAGCUAUAUGGAGUUUCAUUAAUAAUUCCAAAAGUGCAGUAGAAGGAGUGUUCAAAGAUCACAUCACUCGUAACAACAAUUUCUUUACUUUGAAAACAGGAAUGGAAAAAGUUAAGAAGGAACGUUUUGCUUUGAUAUAUGGCGAGUAUGGAAUAAGAGAAAUGAUAAAAAAUGACAAAGAGGCAUACGUUGUUUCUGCAGAUGCUCUCAUUCACUUUAUACAGCCUUAUGCUGUAAGGAAAGGAUUCCCGUUUAAGAAGGAAUUAAGUAAGAUUGUAAUACGUUUAUUUGACGCUGGAAUUAUCCAGAAGAAAGAUUAUUCGGAAACAUCAAAGUUACUGGAUUAUUCAGAAUUCAAAGCAUUACAAGUGGCUGACAUUAUUAGUCCAAUGAUAUUGCUUUUCAUUGGAUUGUUUUUAGCUUUAAUGUGCCUAUUUGCUGAACAAAUCUAUAAAGGAACAAUUAAAAAUUAA